CUUAACCCCACUUUUUCAAAUAACCGACAAAAUAUGAUGUUUUGCCGCCAGUGAAGUACAUAUUUCCUUUCAAAAUAUCUGGUAUUCAAAAUUUUGAGCCCUCGUGAAAAAAUGAGUAAAAGGAAAGACUUCUCGCCGCAAAAUUCGGCCAAACGUAUGAGAUGCGAUAACUUUGUUCGUCCGCCAGUCCCAGCUUUGGAUCCCAAAACUGACACUCUGAUAUUUCAAGAAUUAGAGUUGGACCACUACAUUGGAAAUGUCUAUCCCGGAAUGCUUGGCCCCCAGAACGGUUUGGUACCCAUUAUUAGGAUGUUCGGUAUCACCAAAGCUGGAAACAGCAUUUGCUGUCACAUACAUGGGUUCUCGCCUUAUUUCUAUGUGAAUUUGCCAGAGUCCUUCACAAAUGCAGAGCUGGAACCUUUUAAACGUAAACUGAAUGAUGCUGUUCUUGCUGACCAGAGAUCUUCCAACAAAAAUGAUAUACCUGAAGCUGUAAUGAAGGUGGAAAUGGUGAAGGGAAAAUCUUUGGUAGAAUAUACCGGAGACAAAGACGACAAGUUUGCAAAAAUCACCCUAGCCGUUCCCAAAUUUGUACCGGCUGCCAAGAGGUUGAUCACCACCACUAUAGUGUAUCAACCAUUGGCCUCACACACUUUCUUCGUUUUCGAAUCCAACGUCGAUAUUGAAACGAGGUUCAUGGUGGACAGGCAGAUUCUGGGUUGCUGUUGGAUCGAGUUGCCAGCUACAAAGUGGUUCAGGCGGUCACAGUUAUCUGAUUUCAAAGUCUCAACUAGAUGUCAGAUAGAGGUCGAUGUGUCAUGGGCAGAUUUGAUCGUACACGCACCCGAAGGGGAGUGGGCCUCUGUGGCUAAGUUCCGGAUACUCAGUUUUGAUAUAGAAUGUGCAGGAAGAAAAGGUAUUUUUCCGGAACCAAACGUUGAUCCGAUUAUCCAAAUCGCCAACGUUGUAAAAUGUCACGGAGAGAAGGAUGUACUGUUUCGUAACAUUUUCACUCUCAACACUUGUGCUGCAAUUGGCCACGCAGAGGUUUACAGCUUCAGUAAUGAAGAAGAAAUGUUGGAAGAAUGGGCGAACUUUGUGAGAUCUUUGGACCCAGAUAUCUUUACUGGAUACAAUAUCAAUAACUUCGAUUUCCCGUAUUUGAUGGACAGAGCUAAACACUUGAAGCUGAAGAAGUUCGCUUAUUUGGGAAGGCUUCUAGAUGUUGCAUCCGCUGUGAAAGAGACAGUUACUCAAACCAAAAUCGGCCGUCGCACCUUCAAAUCGAUCAACUUCGAAGGCAGGGUACCCUACGACAUGCUCCUAGUAAUGAAACGGGAUUUCAAGCUGAGGUCGUACACCCUGAACAGCGUUUGCACGGAGAUUUUAGGCGAACAGAAAGAGGACGUGCAUUACAGCAUCAUUACCGACUUGCAGAAUGGAGAUGAGCAAACGAGAAGACGGCUUGCGGUGUAUUGCUUGAAGGACGCAGAAUUACCGCUGAGAUUGUUGAACACUGUACUGAGUUUCACGAAUGAUAUCGAAAUGGCUAGAGUGACAGGGGUGCCCAUUACGAGCUUGCUAACUAAAGGGGAGCAGGUGAAAGUGGUGGCACAGUUACUCAGACAUGCAAAAAAAGCUGGAUACUUCAUGCCGGCCCACCAGGGGGCUCCCGGGAACGACCAAUUCGAAGGCGCGACAGUUAUCGAACCCAUCAGAGGUUAUUACACAGAGCCGAUUGCUACACUGGAUUUCAGCUCUCUAUACCCAAGUAUAAUGAUUGCUCACAACUUGUGCUACACUACUCUGUUGAAGGGGCAUCAGAAGGAGAAGUUGGGUUUAACCGAUGACAAAGUGACAGUCACUCCGGCCAACUGUAUGUUCGUCAAAAAGACUGUUAGGGAGGGUUUGUUACCUCAAAUUUUGCAGGAUCUACUGGCAGCCAGGAAGAGAACAAGGGCUUUGUUGAAGGAUGAGAAAGAUCCCGUCAUCAGGACCGUGCUGAACGGCAGGCAGCUGGCGUACAAAAUAUCUGCCAACUCUGUGUACGGUUUUACAGGUGCUCAGGUCGGAAAAUUGCCGUGUUUGGAAAUAUCCGGGAGCGUCACAGCUUACGGCCGAACUAUGAUCGAACAAACCAAGCAAGAGGUCGAGCAACACUACCGCAUCGAAAACGGUUACGAGGCCGACGCCAAAGUCAUAUACGGUGACACUGAUUCCGUCAUGGUCAAUUUCAAAGCUGGUAGCUUGAAGAAAAGCAUGGAGUUGGGCACGGAAGCGGCGGAGUUGAUCAGCACGAAAUUCAUCAAGCCAAUCAAGCUGGAAUUCGAGAAGGUGUACUAUCCGUACUUGCUGAUCAAUAAGAAGAGAUACGCAGGGCUGUACUGGACCAAUACUGAGAAAUAUGACAAGAUGGACUGCAAGGGCAUCGAAACUGUUCGCAGGGAUAACUGCACUCUAGUCGUGGACGUAAUUAACACGUGUCUGCAGAAGUUGCUUAUAGACAAAGAUCCAGAUGGAGCUGCCAACUAUGCCAAACAAGUAAUUUCAGAUCUGCUUCAGAACAACGUCGACAUAUCCCAGUUGGUAAUCACUAAGGAGCUGACGAAGUCUGAUUACACUGCCAAACAGGCCCACGUGGAGCUCGCCAAGAAAAUCACCAAGCGAGACCCGGGGAAUGCCCCAAAACUAGGAGAUCGUAUUCCAUUCGUUAUAACGGCUGGCACUAAAAAUGCCAAAGCUUUCGAGAAGGCUGAGGAUCCUAUUUACGUUCUGGAAAAUAACAUUCCAAUAGACGCGAAGUACUAUCUGGAAAAUCAGCUCUCGAAGCCUCUGAUCAGGAUAUUCCAGCCUAUUUUAGGAGACAAUGCCGAAUCUAUAUUGCUGCGUGGAGAGCACACCCGAUCCAGGACGAUGGUCACAUCGAAAGUGGGCGCCCUGGCUGCCUUCACGAAGAAGAAAGAAGUCUGUAUAGGCUGCAAAGCGGUUCUCCCCAAAGGAUACGAAAACGAAGCCGUCUGUGCUCAUUGCAAGAGCAAAGAGGCGGCGCUCUAUCAGCAGGAACUGAGCCAUCAUGGGAUGCUGGAACAGAGGUUCGGAGCUUUGUUCACCGAGUGUCAGAGGUGCCAGGGAUCGCUGUUCGAAGAGAUCUUGUGCACCAGCAGGGAUUGUCCCAUUUUCUACAUCAGGAAGAAGGUUCAGAUGGAACUUGAUACCAGCAAGACGAAGUUGGCCAGGUUCGGCGGUCCUCUGUUAGAAGAGGAGAUAUUUUAAUUUGUAAUUGUUGUCGUUUUUUUAUAUAAUUCUCGAAUACAUCUCUUUUGACAUA